UGAAACAAGCGGCGUGCUCUGACGCAAAUAUACAACUGUGCGCACGCGCUUAGCUGUUUCCACAUUUGAAUAUGUGCGCGAUGAACAAGUGUUAGUCGGUCUUUUAGCAAAGUGGACAUAUCUAAUGUUUGCUGGAAGCUUUUUGAAUUCUCUCAUCUCAACAAAAGUAACGGCGUGACAAGCGGACGAGUCGUCGUCAGGAGCUGGCACAAUGGCCACAAGGCGAUCGUGUAGGCUACUUAGUAAGAAAGACAUUACUCCAGCAUCGGGGCCGAAAUCAAGCAAUGAAGAUAUGGAUAUUGACAGCGAUGAAAAGUACGUAUCGAGUUGUUCUUCGUCAGAGGACGAAUACGUGCCCCCGAAAAAACAAGACUCCACGGAUGAGUUUGAGGAUGAUGUUCCGGCAAAAAAAAUUAAGCACAAAGAUCUUCAACCCACGCAUGUUUCAGAAAGUUCUGCCGAUGAGCCUUUAGAGCUCGAAUGUUUAGAAGUCGAUUUGUCUGAAGGUGGAACGUCAAGCGAUGAGUUUGACGAGAACGUCAGAGCUGACACCAAAAAAAGCACCCAAAAGGUGGCCGGGCCCAAAAAGAAAUUGAUGCAGAAGAUAAAGAUUCCGAAACUGGCACAGAUAAAAAGAGCUAAUAACAUGACUCUGAACACUCAGAUCUCCAAUAACAAACUUUCUGAAAGAAGGCUUCAGUUGGAAAGUUUACCUGGUUGCAGUAAGGUUCUCCUGUGCGAGUCGAAAAAGUACAACCCGGCUGACUCUACCAAUCAAAGCAUUGCAGCGCUGUCAACUCAGGUGGAUAAUGUCAUAAUGAAAGAACGUGUAGGUGAUGGCAAGUCUUCUGAAUCCUUAAAAGACGUUAUCAGUGCUAUGCUGCUUGAAAAUGAACCAGAGGCCUCUUGCUCUUAUACUGUAAAUGACGCACCAAAGUCGGGACAGCAUAAGUCUAAAAAGUCUGCAAAGAAUUCAUUAGUAUCCUCUGCAAAGCAGUCUGCUUCUUGUCAGGAUGCACGGUCUCCAGUCAAAACUAGAAGCAGGCAGUUUCAAGAUGUGAAGACGGCCAAGUCCAUGUUGUCAUCUGCAAAAAGCGGAAGGAAGGCUGGCAAAACUAGCAACACAACAGAAACUCAAGCAAAAGCAGCACCAAAGAAGUUGCCAGAGAUAAAGAAACAGCAAGUGAGAGGAAAGAAAACUAGGCCACAAAAAGCCAAGAUCGAGAACAAUGAGAGCUCAAGUGAAUCUGAUUGGGAAGAAGUUCCCGAAGGAGCAGACCUUGACAGCUAUGCACCAGUUGUUCCUGAAAACGGAAUCACAAUUACACUAAAGGAGCCUGUGAUGACUGGAAAGCACAAGAAAGCCAAGUUUGAUCCAGUGGCAGAGAUGAGACGCCGCAUCAAUAGAGUGCGCAAGGAAGUCCACAGCCUGAAACACAAGGUGCAUCUUCUCUGUCUCCUGGCACACGGACUAAGGUUAAACAGCCUUAUCCUGGACCAAACUCUGCAGGCUAUUGCGCUGUCUUUGCUUCCUUCUGAAUUCUUGGCAUACUCUGGCAAAACAGUCACACUUCUGGAUGUUGAGCGCAUGUCUAGACUGUUCACCAAAGUGUUUGUGUGCACGCUUGGCACUCGCACUGGCUGCCAUGCCUUACAUGAUGAUCUUACAGUGGCACUAACAACCAAAAUCGCUCAGAAUGCACGAGAUUACGCACUUCUGUUUUUGGUCAUUGUAAGGUGCUUGCAGAUUGAGGCUCGUUUGUGCAUGUCUCUGUACCCUGUGCCUCUUGAUGCUGUGCAGCUGUUGAAGACUGACACGAAACCUGGAAGAAAAUUUGCUGAGCCCAAAGCACCUUCCAAAAAGAAAGCUCAAAAGGUGCACAGUGAGCCUGAUGAAGCGGACAGUGACUUUGAAGUCAAGAAACCAAAGAAGGCAACAGGGAAGAAAAAAGUUAACGACGCCUCAUCAAACAAAAAGACUGGGAAGGAAGGAAAGACUGGCAAAAAAAAUGGUGAAAAAUUUGGGCAAGGUAUAAGUGACAGCAUUGAACACUGGGUUGAAAUAUUCACUCCAAAGGAUUCAAAGUGGAUUGCAGUUGAUGUAGUUCAUGGAUCAGUUGGCAGCAUAACUGAGAGUAAUAUUCGAGAACCAUUGUACUACAUUCUCAGCUUUGAUGACCACAACAAGGUGAAAGACAUUACAAAGAAAUAUGCCUCAGGUUGGUUAACAUCUGUGAAAAAGAAGAGGAUUGAUCCGAAAUGGUGGGAAGAGUCAUUAAAGCCUUUUAGGCCCACUGACAGUGAGCGAGAGCGUGUGGAAAAUACGCAAAUACAGUCAAAGCUUCAACGGCAGCCAAUGCCUGGAAGCAUUGCUGAGUUCAAGAACCAUCCUCUGUAUGCACUAAAGCGUCACCUGCUCAAGUUUGAAGCCAUCUAUCCAUCAGAUGCCCCAACUCUUGGGUUUGUACGAGGAGAGCCUGUUUAUGCUAGGGAGUGCAUCCACACUCUGCGCUCAAGGGAAACUUGGCUUCGAGAAGCACGAAUGGUGCGUGUCAAGGAGCAGCCAUACAAAGUUGUCAAGGCCAGGCCAAAGUAUGACAAGCUCUCUGGGCAGAUACUUAAGGAGCAGCCCCUGGAGUUGUUUGGCCACUGGCAGACGGAGCCAUACAUGCCACCCAUUGCCUUCAAUGGCAAGGUGCCCCGUAACGAGUGGGGCAACGUGGAGCUCUUCAAAAGCUGCAUGCUCCCUGUUGGCACUGUACAUCUGAGAGCUCCUGGGCUGGCUCGUGUAGCUGCGAAGCUGAACAUCGAUUGCGUUCCUGCCGUCGUUGGCUUUGAAGGUCACUGCCGUGGUGUCCAUCCAGUGUUUGAUGGGUGGGUCGUGUGUGAAGAGUUCAAAGACACACUGAUGGCUGCUUGGGAGGAAGAACAGGCUAACAUCAGCAACCGUGAAGAAGAGAAACGCCUGAAAAGAGUGUAUGGAAACUGGAAGAGGCUAAUCAAAGGAGUUCUCAUCAAGGAAAAGUUGCGGAUGAAGUACAUGAAUGACGACUAAUGUAGUGUUGAGGACUUUUGUUGUCAUUUGGCAGUCAUAUCUACCUCAGUUAUUUGUGCUUGUGUGCUUUGCUUUAUGCACUCAUUAAUCACUGCUACCACACCGGUGUCAAUUAUGUACAUAUCUAACUUCAUGUUAAUGCUAGUUGGAGCUCUUUAUAGACAAGGGAUUUAAAGCACAAUAAAGUUAUUGUUUCCAUGAGGUGUUUGUUCCUCGCGUAGAGACAACAACUUAAACAAUCUGUAGACAAUGGUACCGUGAACAUGCAAGCCAAAUAUGAUCAUGUAAAAGUUAAUGGGGAACAUUAACAUUGUGUUUUUUAUAUCUGAAUUAUUGUUGAGUCAUUUUCAAAGAUUUCUUUAGGAAUGGAGCAUUUACUAAAAGGCAUCAUAUUCACUUUUGGGUUUGAAGAACAGUUGUUACUAGCAGGGCCCCUCUAAACUCUAAAGGGUAACCAAACAGCAGCAAUAACUGCUAAACUGUUUGCAUUUAUCAGGCAGGAAAGUGUUAAUUUCUGCCAGAGAAGCGAUGAGAAUUUCUUGAAUUUCGCACCCAAACCACAGCGUUGCCACAGAAAUGUUAUGUCAUGGAUGUUAAAGUGUUUUCUUGUAUAUUUGUCAUUUUAGCACAUGAAACAUCUCAAUAAAUUUUCUAGGUUGAGUA